AGUAGACUACCUCCAAGCAUUGGACACGCAGCCUGUAUAUGGGUUGCUAAUAAAUGAAGAUGGGCAAACCACAGAAUGACGACCCGGCAGACCACAAGAAGGGAAACUCUGUCACUGCCACGCCAGUCACAGCCUGUCUGUUGAAUGCAGCCUUCUUCGGUGCCCUGGGGUCAUCUUUCCUUUAUGGGUACAACCUCUCUGUGGUCAAUGCGCCUGCUCUGUACAUUAGAGAUUUCUACAAUAAAACAUGGAUUGAGAGAUACGGGGAGCCUGUUGCAGCAGAGACAGCCACCCUCCUCUGGUCUCUCACAGUGUCCAUAUUUGCUAUCGGAGGUCUUCUGGGAGCUCUGUCAGCCUCUUUUCUUAUGAAAGUAUUUGGAAGAAAGGGAACCUUGCUGCUGGAUAACAGCCUUGCUGUGGUAGCUGCCUUGCUGCUGUCUCUGGGUGAGAGGGCAAGCUCUUUUGAGAUGCUCAUCAUUGGCCGGCUCAUUAUCGGGGUGAACUCUGGUAUAGCUCUCAGCGCCCUCCCCAUGUAUCUGGGAGAAAUUUCUCCAAGACAUGUCAGAGGUUCUAUUGGCCAGUUCAACUCCAUCCUGAUCUGCUUGGGAGUGUUUACAGGACAGGUGCUGGGACUGCCAGAGUUGCUGGGCAAGGAGUCCAGAUGGAAUUACCUGUUUUCCUUCUUGGCUUUGCCAGCACUGCUGCAGCUGUGUGUGUUGCCUUUCCUCCCAGAGAGUCCUCGCUUCCUGCUGAUGGAGAAGAGGAAUGAGGCUGCAGCAGAAAGAGCCUUUCAGAGGCUUUUGGGAAAGAAAGAUGUGUCCCAAGAGCUGGAAGAGGUUCAUGCAGAAGCUCGAGCUCAGAACAACGUACACACCAUCUCUAUGUUACAGCUGCUGAAGACCCCAGCUGUUCGUUGGCAGCUCAUCACUAUCAUCAUCACAAUGUCCUGUUAUCAGCUUUGUGGCCUUAAUGCUAUCUGGUAUUACACCAAUGGGAUCCUACGGGAAGCAGGCUUUGCUGAGAACAUCCUCCCCUACGUAACCCUGAGCACAGGGGCUACAGAGACUUUGGCUGCCAUUAUCUCAGGUUUAGUGAUAGAACGAAUUGGAAGGAAACCCCUCCUCAUAUUUGGUUUCUCUGCCAUGGCUGUGUUCUUCAGUUUGCUCACAGUGUUCCUCAAUUUCCAGGACAGUGUGUCAUGGAUGCCCUACCUCAGUUACAUCUGUAUACUGGCUGUGAUUGCGUCCUUUUGCUCUGGGCCAGGUGGCAUCCCAUUUGUACUGACAGGGGAACUGUUUGAACAGUCCUACAGACCUGCCGCCUUCAUGAUUGCUGGCAUCGUAAACUGGCUGUCCAACUUUGCUGUUGGCCUUCUGUUCCCAUUCCUUCAAGAGACUCUGCAGUCAUUUGCCUUUCUGGUGUUUGUUGUCGUAUGCAUCGUGGGAUCAGUCUACCUCCAUAUCGUCCUCCCUGAAACCAAAAAUAAAACAUUCAUGGACAUCAGCCAGAGUUUUGCCAAGAUCAACAAAAUCCCCGUUCCCUCCCCCAGCCUAGAAAUGGAGCUGGUUUGUUCCUUUAAGCCUGACGUGAAUGAUAAAAUACGAGAUAUGGCAAAGAUGGAGAGUUCUUUCUAAGUGAAGAAACUGUAUUAAUUAUGGAGAAGCAGGGUUGAAAAAUAAAAUAGAAGUUGUUGUUUGUAAAUAUUUAUUUAAUGACUGUGAUUUGUGAAAUGAAAAUCCAUGCUUUUGGGCAGUUUUAAGGUACUUUGUGUAUGUUUUGUAUGUUUGGAUUGUUUUAGGAAUGUUGUAUUUCAGUUUACAAUAAUGUUUUGUUUAUGUGUCUCAUCAAAAUAAAAUAAAAAAUCCUAUUCUGUUU